AACCCACGGAGACAAAAUCGUAAAUAAUAACAACUCCAAGGGUACAUCCUAACGCACAUCUCGUACCAAACAAUUAACAGCGUACACACCAAACGGAUCAAACUUUCCAUUUUUCUAAAUUUCUUGCCCGUCUCUGGCAAGUCUUCUUCUCCAAAAAUCCGCCGCUUCUACUUUCUCUCUCUAGAAAUCGAAGAAGAUGAUGCACAUGACCUUCUACUGGAGCCGGCAGGUAACGCUCCUCUUCGACUCGUGGAAAACCGAUACGUGGACCAGCUACUCCCUCACGGUGCUUGCCUGCCUCCUCGUCCCGGCCUUCUACCAGUACCUCGAGGCCCUGCGCGUGCGCAUCAAGCGCGCGGCCUCCUCGUCUUCCCUGAAAUCCGCGUCCGACGCGCCGAUCCGUGCCCCACUGCUCGCCGCCAAGCUCGGCGGCGCCGGAGGAAGGUUCUCGGCGGGGCGGCUGGCGGAGAGCGUGCUUUUCGGAGUCAACGCGGCGAUCGGGUACAUGAUUAUGCUGGCGAUCAUGUCUUUUAACGGCGGAGUGUUCGUGGCCAUCGUCGUGGGGCUGGCGAUUGGUUAUUUGGCGUUUCUGAGUGGGGACGAUGACGUGGCGGGUGUGGUGGUGGAUAAUCCGUGUGCGUGUGCUUAGAGAUUUUUUGGGUGGAUUUAGUAAAUUUUUAGAUACUAUUCGAAAGGCUGCAACUUGCAUUUGCUCUCUAUCGACGUGUAAUUGUCUGCUUUCUAUAAAAAUCUUGUAUUAUUGUUGUUGUUUGAAAUUUAUACGUUGCUAGAUGCAUUACGAAUAUAUAAAUCCAAAAGCAAAAAUGCUUUUAAAAUAA